AGCUUCAAAGGAAUAUCAAACCUUACUGAAAGUCUAUUUACAAAUUAAAAAUGACAUCCCACUUUGAUAAUGAUAUUGCUGCUCUAGUAGUAGACAAUGGAUCAGGAAUGUGUAAGGCAGGUUUUGCUGGUGAUGAUGCACCGCGAGCAGUAUUUCCUGCAUUAACAGGCAGACCCAAAUACCAGGCUGUAAUGGUAGGAAUGGGUAAUAAAGACUGCUAUGUUGGUGAUGAGGCUCAGAGUAAACGAGGAAUGCUAGCUUUACAUUACCCAGUAGAACAUGGUAUUGUUACUAACUGGGACGAUAUGGAGAAAAUUUGGCACCAUACUUUCUAUAAUGAAUUACGAGUAGCUCCCGAGGAACAUCCUGUUUUAUUAACCGAAGCUCCUUUAAAUCCUAAAGCUAACAGAGAAAAAAUGACACAGAUUAUGUUUGAAACAUUCAACACCCCAGCUUUCUAUGUUGGUAUACAAGCUGUAUUAUCAUUAUAUGCCUCUGGUAGAACAACUGGUAUUGUUUAUGAUUCUGGUGAUGGUGUAUCUCAUGUCGUACCUAUAUAUGAAGGUUAUGCCUUACCUCAUGCUAUCAAAAGAGCAGAUUUAGCUGGACGAGAUUUGACUCAUUAUCUACAACGUAUUUUACAUGAACGUGGAUAUAAUUUUACUACUGCUUCUGAAAGUGAAAUUGUGAGAGAUAUUAAAGAGAAGAUAUGUUAUUCAGCUUUGGAUUUUGAAGCUGAAAUGGAAACAGCAGCUAAAUCUUCAAGUUUAGAGAAGAGUUAUGAAUUACCUGAUGGUUCAGUUAUAACUAUUGGUAACGAGAGAUUCCGCUGUCCUGAAAUACUCUUUCAACCUGCUUUUAUAGGAAAGGAAAAUGUCGGCGUUCAUGAAAUGUUGAAUAAUUCUAUAAUGAAUUGUGAUAUUGAUAUUAGACGAGAUUUAUAUAGUAAUAUUGUUCUUUCUGGUGGUUCUACUAUGUUUCCUGGUAUAGCUGACAGAAUGAUGAAAGAAGUAUCGUCAUUGGCUGCUAAUACAAUUAAAUGUAAAGUUAUCGCCCCUCCUGAAAGAAAAUACUCUGUUUGGAUUGGUGGAUCAAUUUUGGCCUCCUUAUCAACAUUUAGUCAAAUGUGGAUUACAAAAGAGGAAUAUGAUGAAUGUGGCCCUGGAAUUGUUCACAGAAAGUGCUUUUAAGGCAAGAUAAGAUUCUCUGGUGUGCAAUUUCAUCCAACUAUUUCGAUUCGAUUUAAAUUUGAUCACAAAACUAUAUCUAGGCCUAGUUUGCUUCAUUUUGUUUACCAUUUUUAGAUCCCUUGGUAUGUAAUGUAGUCCCGAAGGAUACAUCAAAACGAUCAAUCUAAAUGGUCCUCGGGAAGUAGCUGUAGGGCCUACUCUUUUUUGAAUCGGGAAAAAAUAUUAAAUGUAUAUAAUUUUAUUGUAUCUGACUGUGAUAAAUUAGAUAUAAAUAUUCAAUAUUUAAUCGUAAGAUAAUGGUUAUUAUUGUAAAAUAAUUUGAUUAAAGUUGUAAUAAAAUUGUUUAAUAAAUUAGAAAGUAGUUUGAUAACCUAGAAUUGACAGUUUUUAAAAUUAGAUUGAGUUUAAUGCAACUUUCCCUGUUAUUGUUUUUUGUUUUAUGUUACCUCUUAUAUUGAUUUGUAAUAGGCCUAAUCGAUAAGACUCGUGUAUAUAGAUUUGUAUAUUGAUAUUUACCAAUUAAAAUAAUUCCAAGAAUUU